GGCCGGAAACACCUGUUGUUUUACAGAUGGAGGCUCUCGUUUGCUGGAGCAAACAUCGAUUGACACACUUUACCGCACGACUGUAUUAAAGUGCUGAAUUUACCUGUCGAAACGCCAGGAGCGUGAACCUCUUUCAUCACACAUCUCAAACGCGUUCAGAGGCGUUCACCUGGUGUCACCGCGCCCGAGUUGUACCUCAUCAAGACAGAUGUCCAACAAGAGUUUCCUGGUUUUUCUCCUGGUUCCAGGAACUGCUUUACUACUGUAUCUCUUUUAUUCUCCUAUGACAGCUGGCCAAAACAAGAAAGAACCACAAAGGUAUCCCUUUCCAAAACGACAAAGCACAGCAGCACUAAGUAACGAUCCUGUAAAUGAGGAACCCGAAAUGGAAGAUCCAGGGUUGUACCAUGUGGCCUACCCCCGAAAAUAUAAAUUUAUCAUUGACCAACCGGAGAUAUGCGAACAGCAAAAGCCCUUCGUGGUGAUUAUAGUCCCGGUGCCCCCUUGGGACACAGAGGCACGCAGUGGCAUCAGGAGGACAUGGGGUGGAGAAAAGCUCAUUGGGGACAAAGCGGUGCUGGUGCUGUUUAUUAUGGGCCUACAUAGUGGAAACGAUCAAGAAGCGUUGCAGGAAAAACUCCAGAAUGAGAGCCAGCAGUACCAAGACCUUCUCCAGAGCAACUUCCUGGAUUCCUACAAGAACCUGACCAUUAAAACCAUGAUGAUGAUGGAAUGGCUCAACAAGAGCUGUCUACAGGCGUCCUUCGCUGUGAAAGUGGACGCUGACGUGCUACUUAAUAUGAACAAUCUAAUAAACAUGCUUGUGAGUCUGAACCCAGUGCCAACCAACUACAUGACCGGGCUAGUGUGGUACGGAAAUAUUGUCAUUCGAAAUCCCGAGAACAAGUUUUACAUCCCCUACGACGUGUACUCCAGAGACACGUAUCCGCCGUAUCCUCUGGGCAUGUGUUACAUCAUUUCUUUAGACCUGCCGCAGAAAUUUUUACAGGAAUCGAAGCACAUUAAGGCCAUAUAUAUCGAGGAUGCGUAUCUUGGCAUGUGUUUGGAACGUUUGGGCAUCGUUCCAAUGCAACCGCCAAAUAUGGAACAGUUUGUAGUGACACUGCCGCAGUACAAUCGCUGUUACUAUUCGGGACUGAUAGCAGUGCUUACGGCAAACACAAAUCAAAUGACGUCUUAUUGGACAGAUAUUUAUUCAACCAGCAAUCCGUGUUGAGGUGGAAACGUUCCAACUAAUAGGACGUACUGCGUUAUUUUGUGUGUGGUUUUUUUUUUACGUUGAAUUACUGGUUCACUUUACGCGAGUUUACCGUUUUGCGUGUGUAUGUGCGUGAGCAUUUUAUCCGUUUCAAACGAAACCGCUGGAAACAUACAGUAUCCUCAGGAACAAAGACAAAAGUGUUACAUGUAAAAACAUGUAUGUAUAUUUUUUAUUAUUUAAAGUUUAAGGCGUGUUAAAGAAGAAAAACUAUUAGUUCGCAGGGGAAAAAACUAUGUUAUCGCACCUUUUUUUUUUGUUUGUUCGUUUAAUAAUUAAAUCAUUUUCUUGUUGAUGUUCUCUUGCUUUUGCCAAACAAAACAACGGUACUCGGUUCUGUUCGAGAACAGGACACUUGCUGUCGAAAAGGUUUUGUUACAUGAAGUAAUUAGUGUGUUUUUAUCCGAAACCUAAGCGUGCGCACACUCAUAUGCCGAGUGUUGGGAAAAGGUUACUUUGGAAAUAUUACAGAUUUCAUGUUACCCUAUUUAGUAGUGUGACUUCUUGAUAACUUCUCUGAAUUUCUAACAAAUGUUUUCGAAUGUUAAUCAUUUUGAAAACUUUUCAAGCAAGCAGGCUUAAUCAAACCCUUGACAGGAAACGAUGGCAUCCAACAGUGCAUUAGGAAAAAACCUGUUGAUCUUGAAAGACGAAGCAUAUAUGUAAACCUAAAUAAGAAAAAAGAAAAUGAUGCUGAAUAAACGCGUGUCCUAAACUCCUGAAACAUUGGUGUCUCGUGUUUUAGAGCAAUUGAUGCAUUUUGGGAAAAGAAAUUUAUUGUGUCUGUAUAGGUGUUGAAAAAGAUAUUCCAAUGUAAUUCUGUUAUUUAUUACCAUUUUCAUGAGUGACUGUAAUGUGGUUUCAUUUGUUUUGUAAUUAAAUACAUAAUUCCGUUACGUGUAAUUCGUUAC